AUGAAAGAUUGGCAUAUUGAUGACCAUAUAAAUAUAUAUCAAGAAAAUGAGAAAAAUAAUAAUAAAGAAUAUGCUACUACUAACAGCUGUAUAAUUAAUAAAAGUAAUGAGAAUGAUAGUUCAAGUGAAUCUAGUAAUAGUAGUAAUGAUGAAAAACAUAAAAUACUAGAAAAUGAAAUUCAUAAAUCACCAAAUAAGGCAUAUAGAUUAGGAAAUAUUGUCGGAAAUGGAAGCUUUGGUGUUGUUUAUGAAGCUAUUUGUCUUGACACCUCAGAAAAGGUGGCUAUUAAAAAAGUUUUACAAGAUCCUCAAUAUAAAAAUAGAGAAUUAAUGAUAAUGAAAAAUUUAAAUCAUGUAAAUAUUAUAUAUUUAAAAGAUUAUUAUUAUACAGAAUCAAUUAAAAAAAAUGAAAAAAAUAUAUUUUUAAAUGUAGUAAUGGAAUAUAUACCUCAAACUGUACAUAAAUAUAUGAAAUAUUAUUCUAGAAGUAAUCAGUCUAUACCAAUUUUUUUAGUUAAAUUAUAUUCAUAUCAAUUAUGUAGGGCUUUAGCAUAUUUACACUCAAAACUGAUAUGUCAUAGAGAUUUAAAACCUCAAAAUUUAUUAAUAGAUCCUAAAACACAUACAUUAAAAUUAUGUGAUUUUGGUAGUGCAAAGAAUUUACUAGCUGGGCAACGUAGUGUUUCAUAUAUUUGUUCUAGAUUUUAUAGAGCCCCUGAAUUAAUGUUAGGUUCAACUAAUUACACUACUCAUAUAGACUUAUGGUCAUUAGGUUGUAUAAUAGCAGAAAUGAUUUUAGGAUUUCCUUUGUUUUCAGGACAAUCAAGCGUUGAUCAAUUAGUGAGAAUAAUACAAGUUCUAGGAACACCAACUGAAGAACAAAUGAAAGAAAUGAAUCCAAAUUAUGCUGAUGUAAAAUUUCCAGAUGUUAAACCAAAAGACUUAAAAAAAAUAUUCCCAAAGAGCACAUCAGAAGAUGCUAUAAACUUGGUUUCUAGAUUUUUAAAAUAUGAACCAUUAAAACGACUUAGUUCUAUUGAAGCAUUGGGAGAUCCAUUUUUUGAUGAAUUAAGAGAUCCUUGUAUUAAAUUACCAAAAUAUAUUGAUAAAUUACCAGAAUUAUUUAAUUUUUGUGAAGAAGAAAUUAAAGUAAUGUCUAUUGAAUGCAGAAGAAAAGUAAUACCUAAAUAUCUUUAUGAAAAAUAUGAAUAUAUACUGAAUGAACAAAAUGAUAACAAUAACAUUAAUGAAAAUAUAAAUAAGGAAUUCAAUGAAUCGAAUUUAGAAAAUAAUAAAUCAAAUAAUAAAGCUCAUUUGGUUAUUGAAAGUUGA